AUGAGCUCCUCCGGUACCACCCGCGGAGAUGCCGGUGAACGGACGGCCUUGUUAGGUCAUAUCGGACAUGCGGCCACUUUUGACAACAACCAUUCCCAUGUGCAGGCCGGCGCCCAUCGUCACAAAGAUAAUCGUGUCUGGGUCCGUGUGCCAAAGCAUGUCGCCCGUUUGACCUGGUUGACCCUCACUCGCGACUACACCAAUGCGCUCUUGAUCUUCGCCCCUCUGGGUAUCAUUGCGGGUGCCCUCGGCUGGGACUCGAGCGCGGUCUUUGUGCUGAACUUCCUCGCCAUCAUCCCGUUGGCUUCGUUGUUGAGCUUUGCGACAGAGGAGCUUGCGGCCACCAUGGGGCAGGCUCUGGGUGGUUUGAUGAAUGCCACUUUUGGCAAUGCGGUGGAGCUGAUUGUCAGCAUCAUUGCGCUCAAGGAUAAGCAGAUUCGAGUGGUGCAGGCCAGUAUGCUCGGCAGUAUCCUGUCCAACAUCCUGUUGGUUCUGGGUUGCUGCUUCUUGAUCGGUGGUAUCCGCCACAGCGAACAGUCAUUCAACAGCACCGUCGCCUCAACCAUGUCGUCCCUGAUGGCCGUGGCCUCGGCUUCCCUGAUCAUCCCCGCCACUCUGUACGCCGUCCUCUCCAAGUCGGCCCAGAGCACCCACGACAAUAUCCUGAUCUUGUCACACGGCACCUCCAUUAUUCUUCUCAUCAUCUACGUCAUGUACCUCUACUUCCAGCUGUACUCACACUCGGAGCUCUUCGAAGAGAGCAACGAGGCUGGCAAUGGCGGCGAGGCGGAGGAGGGCGAGGCGGAGGAAGACGAGGAACGCCUGCUCAGCCCCAUCCCCGCCACGAUCGCCUUGAUUGUCGUCACCAUCCUCGUGGCCAUCUGCGCCGACUACCUGGUGGGCAGCAUCGACAGUAUUGUGGAAAAGACCGGCAUGAGCAAGACCUUUAUCGGCCUGGUGCUGAUUCCCAUCGUGGGCAAUGCCGCUGAGCACGUCACCGCCGUGGUCGUCGCCUACAAGGAUAAGAUGGAUCUCGCCAUUGGCGUUGCCAUCGGCAGCAGUCUUCAAAUCGCGCUCUUUGUCACUCCCUUCCUGGUCAUCCUAGGCUGGAUCAUGGGCAUCGAAAUGACCCUGCACUUCCAGACCUUUGAGACUGUGGCAUUCUUCAUCUCCGGCUUGGUCGUCACCCUAUUGAUUCAGGAUGGUAAAUCCAAUUACCUUGAGGGCGGCAUGUGUCUUGGAAUGUACAUUAUCCUGGCUCUCGCCUUCUACGUCUACCCCGACGAUGUUGACGAGGGAAUUGGUGGCAUUUUCAAUAAGAUGGUGAACUAA